AUGGCGAUGACUACUCAUUUGACUCCUAGUUCCGGUGAAUACCUAAAAGUUCACACCAACUUUAUUACAAAGAUGGCAGCUAGAUAUAGUGUACAAGUACAUUCUAUUUUUCGUGUAGAAGUUCCCAAACACAUUAACCAAAAUCACGAAGCCUAUAAAAAAAGAAAUAUAAAUCUAAAUUGUUCACAAUAUUUUCAUGGAACUAAACAUAAUUGCGAUAUAAGAAAUUUAAAUAAUUCGGGCAUUUGUUCAAAUGCAGCCUGCUGCGUCUGCAAUAUAAUCCGUACAGGAUUUAGAUUGAAUAAUGGUCACGUUUGGUUUUCCCCCGACGCGUGGUAUUCGCACGGAUAUGCCGCAGCAGGAGUAGGAUCAUCUAGGGCCAUGUUUAUAAUUGAUGUCGUCGGGGCAUCCAAUAAUUCUGGUAGCGAGUGUACCGUUGCCAGUGCAGAG